AUGCUAAAAAGCCGUUUUGUUUUCAUUAAUUCGAUUAGAAGAGGAAUAUCAAGCACAAAAAGUUCGCUUGACAUGAACAAGCUAGUCCUUUAUAAUGAUGAUGAUUAUCUGGUAAUUGACAAAGGGUAUGGUAUAUCUACGUUUGGAAAAAGAAAAGAAAAAGAAAGCAUAAUAAAAAAUCUUCAUCAGUUAAAUUUGGAGAAUGCACAUAAUGUUAACAUUGUAUACAAAUUGCAUAGCAGCAUAGGAGGGUGCUUACUUGUAUGCAAAAAUAAAUUUAUUAAAAAUCAUAUGUAUGAAAAUAUAUUUAUAACAUUAGUUUAUGGUAAAAUAGAAAAAAAAAAGGAUAGGGAAAUAAAAUUAUAUUUAAAAUAUUUACCAAAUUCAAAUAUUAUGAUGCCUACAAAUAAUUAUGAACAUGUUCAUAAUUUAAAAAGUGUCAAAUAUGAUGUUAUUAGUAAUACAAUAUUACGUAAUAAAGAAAAUUUUAGUCUUUUAAAAAUUUUUACAAAUGCUAAUAACUGUAAAUAUAUAAAGCCUUUACUGUUCUACUCCUUGAAUACAUGUAUUGUAGGUGAUAAUGAAUAUAUUAAUGUACAUAAAAAAUUUAAAAAGAAUUUUUUUUUCCCAUUUCAUGAUGAAAUGUACAGAAGAAAUGUUUUCAAAAGCAGGAGGGAAUUGUUAAAAAGGGUAUAUAACCCAAACAGUACUAAUGAACAGUUAAAACUGCACCUCCAUUGUUUUAACGUUACUUUUGAGUCCAAGUGUAAUAAAAUUGUAUCUGUAUCAGCACAAAUACCGAAGCAUAUAAGUGACACACUCUGUUUGUUAGGGGCCUCUAACUUAAUAUACCAAAUUGGUGAAACUGUUAAAAAUUGCGAAACUGUUAAAAAUUGCGAAACUGUUAAAAAUUGCGAAACUGCUAAAAAUUGCGAAACUGCUAAAAAUUGCGAAACUGCUAAAAAUUGCGAAACUGUUAAAAAUUGCGAGGGGACAAAGGACUUAAAGGAUUGCCCCCAUUCUCCUACCGGGAACAGCAUACUAAGCAGAGUACAGACUAAUGAAAAUUUCUUAACAGCUGAAAACUCCCAACAGAGUAAGAUGAAGUUUGAUAUGGACGAAAAUUUAAAACUCUAUGAUAUAAUGCAAGACAGCAAUAUGGCAGAAAGACAAAACGAGGAACUACUAAACGAAAUAUAUAAACAAAGUUAUCCUAAACGUGAAGACAAAAGAAGGGAGAAAAGAAAAACGAGAAGGGGAAUAUUAGCAAAGGAUGUUACGCAGCUAUCGAAGUUCGAUGCACCGAUUUUCUUUGCACAUGAUCAGUGA